AUGAAUAAUAGAGAAGAAAACUCAGAUUCCAUCCCUAAUGAUUUAAUUCUUGAGAUACUCUCCAGAUUGCCUAUAACCUCAAUCGGGAGGUUUCGCUGCGUGUCGAAGCAAUGGGGAUCCAUGCUUCACAAGCCAUAUUUCACCAAGUUAUUUUUUACCAGAUCCUCGGCUCGUCCACGUCUCUUAAUUGGGGUCCGACAACACCAUGAGUGGAGCUUCUUCUCGGCGCCUCAGCCUCAGAAUCAUUAUGGGAAGUCUUCGUCUCUUGUAGUAGCAGCCGAUUUUCACAUGAAGUACAAUAGGGUUGACCAUAAAAAGGCCCACUAUAUUCUAACAUUAGGAACUGAAAAAGAGAGAUGGAGGGAGAUCGAAUGUCCCUUCAACACGGUUGAUAGGAAUGGAGGGGUAUGCAUCAAUAGAAUUUUGUAUUACGUAGCUUACGACUAUGAGAAUCGAUUGCAUCUUUUAGGUUGCUUCGAUGUUAGGUCUGAGAAGUUUAAGUUUCUAACUCUAAGAGGCGGCGGCAAAUAUGACGAUUUGUGUACUAGAUUGAUAAAUUAUAAGGGUAAAUUAGGUUUGAUUAGAUGGAGCUAUCUCAACCAGGGAUUUUUCCUCAGAUUACGUAUGUGGGUUCAAGAGGAUCUAGAGAAACAGGAAUGGUCGAGUUACUUCUACAUCUUGAGGCUUGACGAUAAACUUGUUAAGGUUUCUGUUGUUGGGGUGACUGCUGCAGGUGACAUUGUUUUGGCGAAUGAUAAAGCAUAUAAACCUUUUUAUGUUUUCUACCUUAAUCUCGAAAGGAACCAUCUUCUUAGUGUGGAAAUCCAAUGUCUUGGAGAAUACCAUAUUUGGCAUCAGUCUCCUGCAGUUUGCGUCUUUGUUGACCAUGUGGAGGAUCUUCAGUUUAAUUCUAGGAGCACAACAUCUUUAAACCCACCAGAACAGAAGCUUAAACACUGGAGCAUAUCUGCGUCAUCUAGAAAUUAUCAUCAUGUGAGAAGAAGCCGUGAAGAGAUGAGAGAGAUCAUCGGUGUGGUAAAGAGUAUAAGAGGAGAGGAAGAGAAAGAGACAAUGAGAGAUGAUGAUGAAGGGCCAAUUUGUGCUAUGUAUUCACGUGCUUUAAAUACUUAUAGACGUUGUACGAAUCAAAUCUAG